AUGGCACGGUCCGGAUCUUCAACGCCAGUGUCUUCCCCUACACAGGCAUAUUUAUUUCUUUACAACUUGGUAUCCCUUGGGCUCUGGGGUACUCUGACUUUCCGCCUAUUCUCUUCACUCUUCCGAAUAUACAAUGGCAACCAUGGGGGUCAAGGUGAGAUAGUGGCAGGAAUUUUCGUUUAUCUCUUCCCACUGCUUCAGACGACUCAAUCCCUUGCUGCUCUGGAGAUCCUCCAUUCCUUGUUCGGGCUUGUUCGAGCUUCUGUGAUGACUACGGCCAUGCAGGUAGCCAGCCGGCUAUUACUAGUAUGGGGAGUGAUGUAUGUCUUCUCGCCGUUUAGCCCUACCCUACCUAUCUUCGAAUCUGCGGGUACGGGUUUGAAUAAAUAUUUUCUCCUCGGACAUGGAAUGAGAUCCGCGCAAUUAAGCGAUUGGGGAUUCAUCGGGUGCCUGUUUGCCUGGGGGGUUACAGAGUGUAUUAGAUAUGGCUUCUUUGUCUUCCAGAUCCUGGGACAGGGUAUACCCAAGGUUAUCCUCUGGCUGAGGUUUGUAUCACUCCCUCCAGCUAUCAAUAACGGGCAAUACUGA